AUGUCUGCUCAUCGUGGUGGCGGCUCAGAGCGUGGUCGUGGCUAUGGCGAUGACCGUCCUCACCAAGGAUCACAAAGGGGACGUGGACCUCCUCAAUCUCGCGGCCCUCCUUCUACUGAUGCGAGUGUCAUGUUCAUGGAACGCCCACAAGCACCAGCAAAUGUGAUCAACUUGGAAGACCAAGCGGUCAAGCACAAUGCCACUCUUAAGACUCAGCCUAACGCCAUUGAGCGUCGCCCCGACUAUGGAACCGUUGGCCAACCGAUCCAUCUACGAGCAAAUUUCUUCAACAUGGAGCUCAACAAAAGUAUCAAAUUCUAUUGCUAUCGUGUGGAUAUCGAGCCUACGCCCAAGAUUCCUCGGCUCAUGAAGGAUAUCCAUUUGGAGCUGCUCAAGGAGGAUCGCAUGGUGAAAAGCCAUGCCAUGACCGAUUUCAUGCAUGAAAUCUUUACUGUUAAAGAGAUCGACAUGACACAUGUCAUGGUCGAUAUCGACAAGGACAAGAAAAAGAAAAGCGGGAGGUCCAAUGCGGAUCAUGUCUUCAAAUGUGCCUUCAAGCUGGUUGCCGUGAUUGAUCACACAAAGAUCCUCGCUUCUCUACGUCAGCCUUCGAGCAAAUAUCCCAUCGAGCAAGAGAAUAUACUUAUCCGGGCACUUAACAUUAUGAUGAGCGCAUACCCCUUCACUGAUCGAGAGAAUGUGAAGACGAUCGGUAAAGGCGCCACCAAGUUCUUCCGGAUUGAUGAUCGCCGCAAUAACUUCGCCCCACUUACUGGAGGCUUAGAAUGCGGCCGGGGAUUCUUUUCCAGUGUCCGUCUUGCUGCUGGAAAUAUCCUUUUGAACUUGAAUGUGUGCCACAACUCUAUGUUCCUCUCCGGUGCAUUCAAGGCCUGUACCGACGACUUUGUGAGAGUCUUCGGCGAGGACCGCCCGGGAUUCAAUAAGUUUGUCCGUGGUGUACGUGUCGAGCUCACUCAUCUACCAAAGGAGAUGAUCGAUGGGAAAAUGCGUUACCCCCAGAAGCAUGUCUGGGGUCUAGCGAAUCCCACAGAUGGCGACCCGCAAAAGAAGGAAGGGAACCCUCGCGUUAAGCGGCUUGGCUCCUCGCCCGAGAACGUACAAUUCUUCGAGGUUGAUCGCUCAGAUGCUUCGGGAAAGAAGGGGAAGUACGUGAGUGUUGCAGAAUACUUUGGCAGAAAAUACAACAUGCGCCGGCUGGCAACGGUCCCUGUGCUUAAUGUUGGGAGCAAUCUCAAACCUCAAUAUGUCCCACAGGAUGUUGCAGUCAUUCUUCCCGGACAACCCUACGGUGGCGAGCUGGCGACAUCUCAGCGUCAGCAGAUUAUUCGCUUCAGUUGCCGACGUCCGCCUGACAACUUCAAGUCGAUCAUGGAAGAUGGCCGGAAGAUCGUGGGUAUCAUUAACGACCAAACCAUUCCUUACGGAAUGCGAAUGGCCAAAGAUAUGGUCGUGGUACCUGGUCGGAUACUCCAGGCUCCCACGCUUCUCUAUAAGGGAAAAACCAUGCAGCCCCGGGAUGGCUCCUGGAACCUGCGUGGAGAAAAGUUCAACCGAGGUGCCACCUUCAAUGGACGAUGGGGAUAUUUCACACUUCACGAUGAAAAUGCUCGGUUGUUCCCAAACGUCCAGCCGUACCUCGAUGCCUUCACAAAUAAGUUGAAAGAAUUGGGCCUGCAGAUGCCUCGGCCAGAUCAAUACCGUACUAUUCCCAUUCGUCGAGGCUACUGGCGAUUGGACAUUGAGAGCUUUGUCCAGAAUGCGCAGAAGAACGGUUACAAGUUUGCAGUUCUCAUUCUGAAUGGGUUGGAUGAUAAAGCCUUCAACUUCCUGAAAUGGAAGGCAGACUCUGGUUACGGUCUCUUGAAUCAUUGUUGCCGCUCUGAUAAGUUCCACGGAAAGCCUCAGCCGGAUCACCAGUAUAUGGCAAACAACGCCAUGAAGGUCAACUUGAAGCUUGGUGGGACUUGCCAGACUCUUCAGAACGUGCCAAAGGUCUUGGCAAAUGGGAAGACUAUGGUUGUCGGCUUGGAUGUCACCCAUCCCCCUCCAGGUGCUGCUGCCUCACAUCCAAGUUUGGGGGCAAUUGUUGCAAACACGAAUAAGGAUCUUGGGCAAUGGCCUGGAGCGGUUGAGGCGAACCCAUCCCGUGUGGAGAAUAUGGCAAAGCUCCUCCAUUCAUUGAUGGGUGGUCGACUCCAGAGAUGGCGGAAGGAAAACAACGCCCUUCCGGAGAAUAUCAUUAUCUUCCGGGAUGGUGUCAGUGAAGGUCAAUACGACCAUAUUCUGAACCAAGAGCUCCCGGAAAUUCGCAAUGCCAUCAGGGAGAACUAUGGCGACCAGCAGUUGCCCCGCAUUUCAUUGAUCCUGGUGACAAAGCGUCAUCAUGUACGAUUCUAUCCUACUAGACAAUCCGACUGUGACCGGACCAACAACCCCAAGAAUGGUGCUAUUGUUGACCGUGUCGUGACGCGGCCGGCUCUUUGGGACUUUUAUCUGCAAGCACAGGCACCUCUUCAAGGAUCUGCUCGCCCCGCCCAUUACAUUGUCAUGUGGGAUAAUGUCUUUACCAAUAAGUUGGCGAACACUACAGGACGGCCGUCGGAUACUCUGCAGGAGCUGACCCACCAUAUCUGCUAUGUCAUGGGACGGUGCACGCGCUCGAUUUCUUACUGCACCCCUGCUUUCCUGGCUGACCGUCUUUGUGACCGAGCAGGCAAGUUCGCCAGUGCAUUCAACCUCCAAGAGCGAGAAGACCCCCCAUGGUAUUCCGAAAGAAUUACGAGGUGA